GAUUUACUUUCCUCUUACGUCUAUUCCCAUCGCUCGAUUAUUCCUUGUCUUAUAGAUAGAUUAAAUCAAAGAAAAAAAGCUCGCCCGAAUGGGACGCAUUUUAUUCGAGUAUUCUUGCACCAUGGAGCAAAGUUGCGUCUAAUAAUUUUUUGUACUUUUCCAACUAUUUGCUAGAUGCCAAAAAUUAUACACGAGCAGAUAGUGAUGACUCUCGGACUCUCAUGACGAGCGAAUAUUUGGAUGCAGUGCGCAUGCUUCGAGUCUAAAACUACUGUUUUUAUUAAGCGAAGCUCAUGAAGGAUUUAGCUUCAAAGUCUGGCCUGAAUUAUGGAUCGUCUAAAAUGGGCUUAAGUUACUCCCAUCGAUAUGCCGGAGAGAGAAGGAGAGAAGAAGAGAGAAAUAGAGCAGACGGAGAGAAAUAGAGAGCGCGUGUCGACGCGCUUGUUGGUUGCUCAGCUGUUUUGAAGAAUCGACGACGCAACGAAGUCGACUGGCCGUGACACGGCGCGAGACCACUGCAUUCACGUCCAAACGCAAACAGAUGUGGAGUGACUGUCCGAAUUUCUGACACAUCUCGGCCACGGGUAUUGUCGCGCAACCGAGGAACACGUCCCUUUUUUUCGCAUAUACGCGCGCGGCAAGUGGCGAGUGUGAGUCCUCGAACUGAGGCCCGAGUUGAGCUGUGAGUCCUGACAGAACAACGGGUGGAAUAAAGCUAUCGCCAUGAGUGAGCUGACUCAGGAGGAAAUUUUCUGUUUUACUUUGAUUUAGAUGAGGAAAAGGCGGUUAGCCCGCUUGGCGGGCCUAAACACUAAUAAUGCAGCUGCCAGUUCAUCCAAUACUACUGCUUCAAUUUCUCCGAGUACUCCAGGUCCGUCAAAAGCAUUUACAGGAUCAAUAGUGUCUUCUCCGUCUAUUCAACAACAAUCAGCACAACGUGCUGAGAUUCCAAUGGAAGUGGAAGAAAGUAGCGACAAGCAGUGUAACACUUUUGGAGUAGACGUUGACUCAGGAAUCGAGAAUAUGGAAGUUGAGGAAUCCGAUAGAAAAGAUUCAAUACCGAGAUCACGUACAACGAGUUCUAGCAUAGAAAUCACAGCAGAUCACAUAUACGUUGUCAUAUCACGUGUCUUGUGCAUAUCGUGGAAAAAUCCGACGGAGGGAAGUAUAUUCUUGCCGCAAACAGCAGCGUACACGCAAAAGUAUAGACAGUUGGAUUUUAGUGAUAUCAUCAACCAUGCCUUGAUGGAGGUUUUGCGUAUGUUCUCGAGAGGAGAAGAUCCCCUGAAGGACGUCACGGUGGACAUGUCGUCCGAUCGCGAAGACAGUCCGAAUAGCCAAGCGAGUCCUCUGUUAAGUCCUGUUGUGGCUCUUCCGUCUUAUCAAUUACCGACUAUACCAUUACCCAUUGGCAACAAGUCAUCGCAACCGAAAAGUUUCACUUAUUUGUUAGAUUGUUAUUCAAGAGUCGCAAUUGAGGAGAGAAAUCAUCCAAAGCGGUCCAGCAUACCUCCUCUUUCCGACGUACUAACGGCUCUCAGAGCUCAAUGUGUUCAGUACUCCAGCCUCGUUCUGCAAGGAUUGGUUGGCAUUUGCGAAGCAUCGGUUCUACCAAUGUGUACCACUCAUCUCCUUUAUCCAAUAUUGUCGCAAAGCCUACCUCGCGGUUACCUCCACGAACUCGUGGCUAGGACACACAUGAAUCCAAGCACAUUCAACAAGAUCUUCACUCCCGUUCUGCAAGGUCUGUAUCUUUCGAUGCAGCAAGCGAGCUUGGUCGGCAAUACGCACAGAAGACCGAUCGAGGCGUUGGAGGAGUUGAUAGAGAUCCGCUGCGGGCCAAGCGGCAAUAUACGUCCGAUUUGCCGUUUGAUCACGAAUCAAGUUCAGUUCUUGCAUGUCGUCAUGACGUCAGCCGCUGGCAGGGAACUCACGAGGACGUCAUUUUUGGGACCGUUUCUAUCGGUGUCGGUGUUUGCCGAGGAACAGCCGAAAGUGGCAGAGAAAUUCUUUAGCGGAAAUCCUGUCACGGAUAAAUCGGUGAACUUGACUUUGCAGCAGGAGUUGGAAAGCAUCCGAACCUCGUUGCACAAGAUGUUCCACGCAAUACUCGCGAACAGCAACUGCCGCGACGCCACCCUGGCAUACCUGGCGAUGUUGCUUCGUUACAACGAGAAACGCGCGCAAAUACAGACCGAGGAGUUCUCUCUGGCCGGUGACGGAUUCAUGUUGAAUCUACUGUCGGUUCUGCAAAUGCUCUCUGUGAAAAUCAAGCUAGACACUGUAGACCCGCUGUAUCCAUUUCAUCCUUCCAGCUUCAUCGAGAUAAAGAACGAUACAAGACUGAAACUCACGUCGCAGGAGGUCGCGGAAUGGCAGAAGCACUUGGAGAAGACGCAUAAAUGGACGGAAGCGAAGUUUCCGACUCAAUGCUGGUUUCUCACGCUGCAUUGUCACCACAUCGCGCUGCUGCCGGCGCUGCAAAAGUAUCAGAGAAAGUUACGAGCGUUGCGCGAUCUGCAGAAGAUGCUGGAUGAGCUGCAAGCCACGGAACCCCAGUGGAAGGACAGCCCUUUCGCGGAACACAACAAAGACUUGAUUAAACAAUGGAAACAACAAUUAAAGCGACUAGUUAAGUCCAAAUCGUGCGCGGACGCGGGUCUGAUAGAUCCGGUCUUUUUGAGAAGAUGCUUACAUUUUUAUAUCUCUGUGGCUGAGGUCUUGUUGAGUCUUUUGACGCAGACCACACCGGGCAAUCCUCUCCCCGAACUUCCGCUCCCUCAGGAAGUCACGUGCAAGUUUACCGCACUACCGGAAUGGUACGUGGAGGAUAUAGCGGAAUUUUUGUUGUUUGCGCUCCAAUUCUAUCCUGGAGUAGUGGCUAACAAUAUGGAUAACUCGCUUAUCACUUGGUUGUUGGUCGUCGUGUGUACGCCACAUUGUAUACGAAAUCCAUACCUAAUUGCAAAAAUUAUCGAGGUUCUCUUUGUGAUAAAUCCUAGUGUUCAGGGAAGAACGGAAACUCUUCACGAUAAAGUUAUGGCGCAUCCCAUAUCGAAGAUAUUUCUGGCGUCAUAUCUCAUGAAGUUUUAUACCGACGUUGAAACCACUGGCUCUAGUUCCGAGUUUUACGACAAGUUUUCAAUACGUUAUCACAUAAGUCUAAUCUUAAAAUCGAUGUGGGACAGUCCGAUACAUCGAGCGUCUAUCGUUAAUGAGAGCAAUAACGGCAAGCAAUUCGUUAAGUUUAUCAACAUGCUGAUGAAUGACACCACCUUCCUGCUCGACGAGAGCUUGGAGUCCCUGAAGCGCAUACACGAGGUACAGGAACUCAUGUCGGACACCAGUGCGUGGGGCGCGCUCUCUCAGGAGCAACAACAGUCGAGAACGAGACAGUUGGCGGCGGACGAGCGACAAGCCAGGUCCUAUCUUACACUAGCCAAGGAAACAGUUGCCAUGUUCCAUUAUUUGACGGUCGACAUUAAGGAGCCGUUCCUACGACCGGAAUUAGUCGGGCGAUUAUGCGCCAUGUUGAACUUCAAUCUGCAACAGUUGUGUGGACCUAAGUGCAAAAAUCUGAGAGUGAGAAAACCGCAGAAGUACGGGUGGCAACCAAGGACGUUACUCAGCCAAUUGGUUGAUAUAUAUUUGCAUCUUGACUGUGAUAAUUUCGCGGCCGCUUUAGCCAGUGAUGAACGUUCAUUCUGUAAAGAGUUAUUCACCGAUGCUGCGAGUAGGCUGGAGAGGUCUGCGAUCAAAACCACUACGGAAAUCGAGAGGUUCAUAGCGCUCGCGGAACGCGCGGCGGUCAUCGCGAGGGAUAAUCGUGCGCGCGACGCGGACUACGGCGACGCGCCUGAGGAAUUCCGGGAUCCGUUGAUGGACACUCUUAUGGAGGAUCCGGUCAAACUACCGUCUGGCAUUGUUAUGGACAAAGCAGUGAUCAUUAGACACUUACUCAAUAGUGCCACGGAUCCUUUCAGUCGGCAGCCACUUAGCGAAGACAUGCUCACACCAAUGCUCGAUUUGAAAGAAAGGAUAUCUGUGUGGAAACAACAAAAGAAAAAGUCGACAAACAUAUAAAUGGUGCUAAUAUGACGAGGAUUAUGCGUGUAAAGAUAAGAAUAGAGAGGGGGGGGGGAGAAAGAGAGAGACAGAGACACAAGCAUUACAAUCCAAUAUAAUUGUCGAUAUUGUAUGAUACAUUUCAUCAAAUGUAUGAAUCACCCGACUAAAAUGUAUGAUCCAGUGCAGUUGACGAAUUUAGUGCAAUGAUCUCGCUAUUGUGCAACAGUUGCGCUCAAUAAAUUUACAGUUUUUAUACAAUAAAAUAUUAACAGACUGCAGCUAGCGAACUGCCAAUAUUGCUCCAAACAUACUUUAGAAACUUGUAAAUAAUUGUUGGCUACGCGUCAAUAUCCAAAAUUACAUUACUCGUAAAUAAGCUCCUUUACUUUUUACGUCUUUUGAUGUAUGUGGCGGCGGGUAACAUGUUUUGCACAUAUCCCGCGAAAACAUUAUGUUAAAUAGCAUAAACUACACGCGCGCGCGCGCGCCCACACACACACACACACACACACACACACACACACACACACACACACACAGUGAUAUAAAUGACUACUAUAUACUUCCACGAACUCGGACAUUUAAAAAUAAAACGACGUUGACGUAAAAGCAUAAGAUUGAUAAUUCGAUGAUUUUAGCAGUACUAUUACACUUAAAAAUGCCACGCGUCACAUUUGUAGUGUUUCAUUCGCCGUUCUUCAAAAAAAUAGUUCAGGGUAAAUAAUUACAGCGAUUUAUUGUUUAUCUUACUUUUUUUUCAAUUACAUAAUAAAAUACAUUUCAAUCUAUAGUCAUA